GGCGGGCGGAGCGCGGCGCGGGGACGCGGAGGAACGGGCCCCGCGGCCCGGCAGACAGGUGUGCGGGAAGCAGAGCGGCCCGAGCUCUGGCGGCUCCAGGCCGGGCCCGCGGUCCGGAGCCGGGAGCUGAACGGGGACCCGCGCCCUCAGCCCAGUCCCGGCCCCUCAGGUGCUCAGCUGGGCCGUGGGUUGCGGGUACCACGGCCGGGCGGGGACACCCGAAGCCUAGUGCCGGGCCGGGCCGGGCCGGGGUGGGUGGGGGCCCGCCCGGCCCGCCCAUGGGCUCAGGAUGCCGGUGCGGAGGGGUCACGUCGCGCCGCAGAAUACCUUCCUGGACACCAUCAUCCGCAAGUUUGAGGGCCAGAGCCGCAAGUUUAUCAUCGCCAACGCUCGGGUGGAGAACUGCGCAGUCAUCUACUGCAACGACGGCUUCUGUGAACUGUGUGGCUACUCGAGGGCUGAGGUGAUGCAGCGGCCCUGCACCUGUGACUUCCUGCACGGGCCGCGCACGCAGCGCCGCGCCGCCGCGCAGAUCGCGCAGGCCUUGCUGGGCGCCGAGGAGCGCAAAGUGGAAAUUGCCUUCUACCGGAAGGAUGGGAGCUGCUUCUUGUGUCUUGUGGAUGUGGUGCCUGUGAAGAAUGAGGAUGGGGCCGUCAUCAUGUUCAUCCUCAACUUUGAGGUGGUUAUGGAGAAGGACAUGGUGGGCUCCCCACCUCGGGACACCAAUCACCGUGGCCCCACUUCCAGCUGGCUGACCCCAGGCCGCGCCAAAACAUUCCGCCUGAAGCUGCCAGCGCUUUUGGCACUCACCACCCGGGACUCGUCCUCCAGGCCUGGGGGUGCUGGGGGCGCUGGGGCCCCUGGUGCUGUGGUGGUAGACUUGGACCUGACGCCCGCGGCUCCCCGCGAAUCGCUGCCCCUGGAUGAGGUGACAUCUUUGGACAACCAUGUGGCGGGCCCCCUGCCUGCAGAGGAGCAGCGUGUGCUCGUGGGCCCAGGCUCCCCAGGGUGUGCCCCCACGCCCAGCCCACACUCACCGCUGACACACAGCCUCAAUCCCGAUGCCUCGGGCUCCAGCUGCAGCCUGGCCCGGACCCGCUCCAGAGAGAGCUUUGCCAGCGUGCGCCGGGCCUCCUCGGCCGAUGACAUCGAGGCCAUGCGCGCAGGGGCGCUGCCCCCACCUCCACCACGCCACGCCAGCACCGGGGCCAUGCACCCCCUGCGCAGUGGCCUGCUUAACUCCACGUCAGACUCAGACCUUGUACGCUACCGCACCAUUAGUAAGAUCCCCCAAAUCACCCUCAACUUUGUGGACCUCAAGGGCGACCCCUUCCUGGCUUCACCUACCAGUGACCGGGAGAUCAUAGCACCCAAGAUAAAGGAUCGAACUCACAACGUCACUGAGAAGGUUACCCAGGUGCUGUCACUGGGGGCUGACGUGCUGCCAGAAUACAAGCUGCAGGCGCCGCGCAUCCACCGCUGGACCAUCCUGCAUUACAGCCCCUUCAAGGCCGUGUGGGACUGGCUCAUCCUACUGCUGGUCAUCUACACUGCUGUCUUCACGCCCUACUCGGCCGCCUUCCUGCUGAAGGAGUCAGAGGAGGGCCCCCCGGACCGCGGCUGUGGCUAUGCCUGCCAGCCGCUGGCUGUGGUGGACCUCAUCGUGGACAUCAUGUUCAUUGUCGAUAUCCUCAUCAACUUCCGGACCACCUACGUGAACGCCAACGAGGAGGUGGUCAGCCACCCUGGCCGCAUUGCAGUGCACUACUUCAAGGGCUGGUUCCUCAUUGACAUGGUGGCCGCCAUCCCCUUUGAUCUGCUCAUCUUCGGCUCUGGCUCUGAGGAGCUGAUCGGGCUGCUGAAGACGGCGCGGCUGCUGCGGCUGGUGCGCGUGGCGCGGAAGCUGGACCGCUACUCGGAGUACGGCGCGGCCGUGCUCUUCCUGCUUAUGUGCACCUUCGCGCUCAUCGCGCACUGGCUGGCCUGCAUCUGGUAUGCCAUCGGCAACAUGGAGCAGCCGCACAUGGACUCGCGCAUCGGCUGGCUGCACAACCUGGGUGACCAGAUCGGCAAGCCCUACAACAGCAGCGGCCUGGGCGGCCCCUCCAUCAAGGACAAGUACGUCACCGCACUCUACUUCACCUUCAGCAGUCUCACCAGUGUGGGCUUCGGCAAUGUGUCUCCCAACACCAACUCGGAGAAGAUCUUCUCCAUCUGCGUCAUGCUCAUUGGCUCACUCAUGUAUGCCAGCAUCUUUGGCAACGUGUCAGCCAUCAUCCAGCGACUCUACUCGGGUACUGCUCGCUACCACACCCAGAUGCUUCGAGUGCGGGAGUUCAUCCGCUUCCAUCAGAUUCCCAACCCACUGCGGCAGCGUCUGGAGGAGUACUUCCAGCAUGCAUGGUCCUACACCAACGGCAUCGACAUGAACGCGGUGCUGAAGGGCUUCCCCGAGUGCCUGCAAGCCGACAUCUGCCUGCACUUGAACCGCUCCCUGCUGCAGCACUGCAAGCCGUUCCGUGGGGCCACCAAGGGCUGCCUCCGGGCAUUGGCCAUGAAGUUCAAGACCACCCAUGCACCACCCGGGGACACACUGGUGCACGCAGGGGACCUGCUCACCGCCCUCUACUUCAUCUCCAGGGGCUCUAUCGAGAUUCUGCGGGGUGAUGUUGUUGUGGCCAUCCUAGGUAAGAAUGACAUCUUUGGGGAGCCCCUGAACCUGUAUGCGAGGCCUGGCAAGUCCAACGGGGAUGUGCGUGCCCUCACCUACUGCGACCUGCACAAGAUCCAUCGGGACGACCUUCUCGAGGUGCUGGACAUGUACCCUGAGUUCUCCGAUCAUUUCUGGUCCAGCCUGGAGAUCACCUUCAAUCUCCGAGACACCAAUAUGAUCCCUGGCUCCCCGGGCAGCACAGACCUUGACGGCUUCAGUAGGCAACGUAGGCGCAAACUGUCCUUCCGCCGGCGUGUGGACAAGGACUUAGAAAAGCCAGGGGAAGUGUCGGCCUUGGGGCCAGGCCGGGCGGGAGCAGGGCCCAGUGGCCGGAGCCAGCCAGGUGGACUGUGGGGGGAGAGCCCGUCCAGUGGCCCCUCGAGCCCCGAGAGCAGUGAGGAUGAGGGUCCAGGCCACAGCUCCAGCCCCCUCCGCCUGGUGCCCUUCUCCAGCCCCAGGCCCCCUGGAGAGCUGCUGGGCGGGGAGCCCCAGACCGAGGACUGUGAGAAGCGCAGUGACACCUGUAACCCUCUGUCAGGUGCCUUCUCGGGUGUGUCCAACAUUUUCAGCUUCUGGGGGGACAGUCGGGGCCGACAGUACCAGGAAUUGCCUCGCUGCCCCACCACCACUCCCAGUCUCCUCAACAUCCCCCUUUCUAGCCCAGGCCGCCGGCCUCGGGGUGAUGUGGAGAGCCGGCUGGAUGCCCUCCAGAGGCAGCUCAACAGACUAGAGACCCGGCUGAGUUCGGACAUGGCCACUGUGCUACAGCUGCUACAGAGGCAGAUGACACUGGUUCCGCCCACCUACAGCGCUGUGACCUCCCCAGGCCCCGGCCCCACUGCCACCUCCCCUCUUCUACCUGUCAGCUCCAUCCCCAUCCUUACCCUGGACUCGCUUUCUCAGGUUUCCCAGUUCAUGGCAUGUGAGGAGCUCCCCACAGGGGCUCCAGAGGCCCCCCAAGAUGGUCCCACCCGACGCCUCUCUCUGCCAGGCCAGCUGGGGGCCCUCACCUCCCAACCUCUGCACAGACAUGGUUCCGACCCAGGCAGUUAGUGGGGCUGCCCAGCGUGGACACGUGACACACCCGGGCUCAGGGCAUGGCCUGGGCCUUUCCCCUCUAAAGCCUGCUCAGGCAGCCAUGGCUGUGGAUAGCACAGCCCCUCCCCAGCCCUCAGGACCAGCUCCUCCUGCAGUCCCCUGGGUCCCAGUGGGAGGGGCAGGGGCAGGGCCAGGCAGCGGACAGGGGGCCUGGGGUCCCACCCUGCCCUGGGGGCAUUAGCUGGUCUAACUGCCCAGAGGCACCUGGCCUGGGCCUUAGGCACCUCAAAGACUUUUCUGCUAUUUACUGCUCUUAUUAAUAAGGAUCAUAUGAAUAAUUAAUGAAGAUGCUGAUGACUAUGAAUAAUAAAUAAUUAUCCUGAGGAGACUCC